UCAGAGUCUUCAUAAACGCAUAGCAAAACAAACAGCCUCAAACAUUCACGAAUAUCUCUUGGAAAACAGCUUGAACAUGAAACACUUCAAGAUUUUUCUCUUUCUUCUAUUAACGAUUAUGGAUGUCUCAACAAAUGCUGAAGAAGUCACUUGUGAUGAGCACCAACUCAUCAAUGUGUACAUCUUAAUGGGACAUCCAGGAGUUUCUGCACCUUAUAAACCUGGCCAUAUCUUAGUUUUUCGAUGCACAGAUGGGAACAUGAUGAUGUAUGGCCACCGAUCAAUUGAAUGCCUGUCAAAUGGAAAAUGGGAUAACCCUUAUCCAAAAUGUGGAGUGGCAAUGUGUCCUAUAAACACACCAGUGCAAAACUUAAAAUUUGAGCGGUUCCCUGAUAUUGAGGGCCCCAUCAAACCUGGACACUGGAUGACUUUUUCAUGUACAGAGCCAUGGAUGAAAUUGAAAGGGCAAAGAGAAAUCACCUGCCUGGUGAAUGGAGAAUGGAGCAGUGCCUUUCCUAGAUGUGAAGAGGCCACAUGUGCUGCAAACCUCACAGUGAACAUGAGAUCAGAUGUUGAGGGGCAACCAGGGCGUGAGAUUUCAGUCAAACCUGGACACACAGUAACUCUUUCAUGUGUUCGGGGUGCUCAAUUUCAAGGACAGAAUAAAAUCACCUGCCGGUCAAAUGGAGAAUGGGACGCCCCAUUCCCUAAAUGUGUAGGAGGGAUUUGUGGACCACCACCAAAUGUGGACAAUGCAGAUACAAUAUACAUGCAAAAAACAGAAUACAGCUCAGGGGAGAGGGUUGAAUACAGGUGCUUUGAUAAAUACACUAUGGAUGAUCGUCCCUCCUACUCCAGCUACAUGACUUGCCAGGAUGCAGAAUGGACAGGGAAAAUUUAUUGUUUGAAGCCCUGUUCAGUGACAUUGGAUACAAUGAAUGAAAAAGGUAUAAAGGUGAAAUAUGGUCCACCACGCAAGUUAUUCUCACCACACAAAGAUCAAAUUCUUUUUGCAUGUCUGAGGGAAAAUGAACGUAUGAAAGGCGACUUCAAACAAAUAUGCAAUGAUGGAACGAUGACUUUGCCUGAGUGUGUGUGACUGACUAUGAAUAAAACAUAGUUGAAGUGUCUGCUGUUCCAGUAAGCAAAAACAAAUGGAGGAAAUCUAAAUAAAAUAUUUCAAAUCAG